AUGGAAGAAAAGUUAAUUAUUUUAAUCAAGGAGAACCCUGCCCUGUACGCAAAGGCCUCAAAAGAUUAUAGAAAUAAUAUAAAAAAAGAAAAAGCCUGGAAUUCGAUUGCAGCCGAGCUGAAUACUAACGUGGAUGCGGCUAAAAAACGCUGGAGAAGUCUGAGAGAUCGGUUCGUGAGGGAAGCAAGGAGGUUGGUGGAACAGUCGCGAUCUGGCGCUGGUGAAGACUCAUCCACUUCCUCCUGGCCAUUUUUCGAGGAACUGAAGUUUCUUCAGUCCCACACUGAAGCUCGACCGACUUCCUCCAACUACCAGGACAAAAAUGUAUUCGAAGAAGGUCAUGGACAGGAUACUGAACAUAUAAACAGUGACAGUGAAAGUAGCCUUAACCUCGGCCUUAACAUAACCACUCCCUCGGUUACCCCGACCGCAAAGUCUUCACGACGCCGGAAGCAAGCCCUGGACACAGACGAACAUUUCCAAUGUAUUCUGGAAAAAGUCGAACAGCGUGUGGAAGGGUGGUCGGCCAAAAAAUCAAGGCACGAGAGUUUCUGCACAUACAUUGGAGAUAGAUUGGAGAUGCUUCCAGAGCAAGUCGCAAGAUCUCUAGAAGUGGAGUUCAUCUUGAGAGUGAACCAAUCGAUCGAUGAGUUUAAUCAUCUGAUCGAAACGGAUGAUGAUGUAAUUUGUGAAUAA